UAUUCCUUACCUUUUGAAAAGGACAGAAAAUGAUCCUUUUCACCUUAAUUACUUCCACUUUUCUCACACCAUCCCUCCAUCUUUAUUCUCAUUCUUUUAGGUGAAAUUAAGCAACUGCAUUGGCACUCAUCCACUGAAUGGCCAACAGGAAAAAUGGCCAUGGAUAAUGUUACAGCGGUGUUUGAGUUUCUUCUUAUUGGAAUCUCUAACUAUCCUGAGUGGAAAGUCACAUUUUUCACAUUGGUGCUGAUAACAUACCUCAGCACAUUGUUUGGGAAUGGACUUAUCAUCUUUCUUAUCUACAUUGACCCCCACCUGCACACUCCAAUGUACUUCUUCCUUACUAAUCUGUCUUUCUUAGACCUUUGCUAUGGAACCAAUUCCAUGCCCCAGGCCUUGGUGCACUGUUUCUCUACCCAUCCCUACCUCUCUUACCGACGAUGUUUGACCCAAAUGAGUGUCUCCUUGGUCUUGGCCACAGCAGAGUGCCUCCUAUUGGCUGUCAUGGCCUAUGAUCGUAUGAUUGCCAUCAGCAAUCCCCUGCGCUAUUCCAUGAUCAUGAAUGGCCCAGUGUGUGUCUGGCUGGUGGCUACCUCAUGGGGGGCAUCACUUGUGCUCACUGCUAUGCUCAUCAUAUCCCUGCCACUUCACUUCUGUGGAGCUAAUGUCAUCAACCAUUUUGUCUGUGAGAUUCUUUCCCUCCUUGAGCUGGCCUGUUCUGAUACCAGCCUCAAUGAGCUUAUGAUCCUCACCACAGGUAUCUUCACCCUGCUCCUACCCUUUGGAUUUGUUCUUCUCUCCUAUAUCCGAAUUGCCACUAUUGUCCUAAGGAUUCGCUCAGUCCGGGGUAGGCUCAAGGCCUUUUCCACCUGUGGUUCUCAUUUGACUGUGGUGAUAAUCUUCUAUGGGGCAGCCAUCUCCAUGUAUAUGAAACCUCAGUCCAAGUCAUCCCCUGACCAGAACAAGUUUAUUUCAGUGCUUUAUGGGGCUCUGACACCCAUGCUGAACCCCCUAAUAUAUAGCUUGAGGAACAAGGAUGUUAAAGGGGCAAUGAGGAAAAUUAUGGCAAAAAGGACAUGA